UUUGAAGAAAGAUAUUUGAAUAAAUGGAGGGAGAUACACCUGAAGUAUUAUUGCCCUGUGCAAUUUGUACACGGACAUUUAUGCCACGAUCUUUAGAAAAACAUGCAAAGAUAUGUGAACGAGCUGCUGCAAAAAAACGAAAGCCAUUCGAUUCGGCUAAACAGAGAAUUCAGGGUACCGAUCUCGCGGAAUUUCUUCCUCAACAGGAAAAGAAAAGAUAUUCAAAUGACGAGAAACGUAAAUCUUCUUGGAAAGAGACGCAUGAUGAUUUUUUACGAACGAUCAGGGCAGCUCGAAGUGAAACGGCAAGUAUAAUAAUAAAUCAAAGGCAAUCGAGUUCCCACGCGUCUUCAGGUGCGCCAAUGAGAGCAAAUGAAAAGGGUACGUGUCCAACGUGUAAUCGUCAAUUUGGGGUAAAGGCAUACGAUCGACACGUAGCCUGGUGCAAGGAAAGAUCAACGAGAUUACCGAUAAGUCCAGCUACGAAGAACAUUGCUAAGGAACGUUUGGAAGCCCGUAUGAAGUAUCGUGCACCGACUUUAAAAAAUCGUCGAAAGAGUAAUCGUGAUAAAUAUUCUCAGAGUUGUACAGCUAUUAAAACACCUAACAGAGUAAGAGAGACUGCUUCUGUACCUGAUAAUACUCGUGAGAAGAUCAAGGAGAAUAUUACUGAUUCGCAAAAACCAAUCAUAAUUGGCCGAGGAGAUCAAUCAAAUAAUAAAGAAACUUAUAAUUUAGGAGAAUCUAGAGAAGCAACAAAACGUUCUAUAGCUAGGACUUCGAAUUCAUCUAAUCGUCCUCUAUGGAGUAAUUACAUGCGCAGACGACCGGAUUUUAAUCUCGUGCUUAGGUGUAGAAUUGGUUCCUGCAAGGAAUACAAUCCUUUUCUAAUAGCUGAACGACAAAUGCAAGAUUUACUAUCGGAUUCGAGUGAUUUAUCCUUAACAGAAAUUCCAUCAUCAUCAUCAACGAAAUCUCUCCUUCCUCUUUCACAUUCUUCCGCAUUCAUUAAAUACCCAUACCAAACUAAAACGAAUCAUUUAGAAAAACUCAUUACCAACGAAUUCGACGAACUUACGUCCGAUUUUUCGAGCGAUUCUACAGAAACGAAUUCACUAUCGCGUGAAAUAUUUCUUAAAGAUUUUCAUGAUUCAAAGAAAGACGAUCAGGCAAAAAAAAUUUCUAAUAGAGAACUCGGUCGUAGAAUGAUCAUUGACAAAUCAUUAGUUUUAGGUAAUGAAAUCAAUCAAGAUAAAUCUAAUAACAUCACUAAGCAAUAUAAAAAUGAUAUUUCAGGUCAUAUUUUUAAUAAAGGAAUCUCUAAAUCUGUAUCUAAUAGGCCACAAACGAUUCGUGCUUUUUCAGCACCUAAAUCUAUUUAUCAAAGAAAAAGUAAAACUUCUAAUGAUAAUAAUAAUCAAGGAGCGAAAUUUGAUAAUAAUGUGAAAAACGAUUAUUUAACAUUUUCAAGUAGCGAUCUUAGCCUGAGCUCGAUCGUUUCUUCCGAGAUCGAUCUAAAACGUUCUAAUUCUGUUUUCGAUCAAUUAAUAACUUCUUUCGAAGAUGAUAUCGUUGGUAAUGAUUCUUUUCCAUCCUUGAGGUCCCUCCUAAGAAACGAAUCCUUGAGAACUUCAUCCAAUGGUCCACCUGUUCCUGAUAAUAAAAGGCGAUUUGACGGACAUAUCAGUGAUGAGGAAUUUUCUUCAGCGGAUACCUUUAAACAACAGGAACAUAAAAUUAAUGCCGAUUCUGCAUACAGCAGUUUAAAUCGCAAAUAUUCCAACCAUGGACGCAGCAGCAACAACGAUACGACAAAUCGUAUGGAGGAUAACAUAUCCAGGAAUAAUCGUCGAGAAAGUCAGUCAUCAAUUUCAAAGACGAAAUGUAGGAUGUCAAGAUUUUGUCACGAGUGUGGAUCUAGAUUUCCUGAGACUGCCAAGUUUUGUUGCCAAUGCGGUGUCAAGAGGCUUGCACUUUGAUUUCUUUUUUUAUUUAUUUAUUUAAUUUUUUUUACAUUCAUUGUCUAUAGAGAAAAGAAGAAUUUCUUUUUUUUUUCUUCUUUCCUUUUCUUAAGAUCGAUGAUGAAUCGUUAUUUACGAAGAUUACAAACAAAUGCAAUAAUUAAUUAAGCUUAUUGUCAAAACGAUACUUGUAAUAUACAUAUGUAACUUAUAUAUUCAAGUGUCCUUUAUUAUUCUCUCAGGAAGUUUUGCAUUUUAAUUUUGAAAUUUAAUUCAGAUCUAAAUAUGUUUAUAGAAGAUGGAGGACACGCGCGCGCGCGAGCGCACGGUGUCUUAUAAUUUUAUUAUUAUAAAUAAAACGAGCAAUUUGUAUGUCGGAGUACUAUGCCAAUUUCAAUCUGUACGAAUUAUUUGUAAGUUGAAAUUGUAUUUUUACAAAUGCAAUAAAAUUAUGCUUCAUUA